CACCCCACCCCACCCCCUUCCCCUCCCUUAGCUGUCAACAAUGGCUACCAUCAAGAAUCCCUGAUUAGACAAAAAUAUAAUUCCAGAGAUCGGUUCUGCAAAGUUUUUUUUUUACAGAUAUUGUAAAAUGGAGCAGAACAAUCUGAAGACUGUGUGAAUACCAAAUUGUUGGUGGAAUUAAAACAGGCUGAAAGAAACAACUGCGUUGGAUUAAAAAAAAAAAAAAAAAACAGAUUAUGAAUACCGCUGUGAGAGAAGGAAACACUGCAAUCAUGCAGACAAACCCUGUGCUUGUGGAGUCUCUGGUGGUUUUCAGCAUUGUGCUGUGUGUCCAUUCUGUGAUCUGGAAUCAACUCUCUUGGUGCGCCAUUGCCUUGGCCAUUCAAGCCUUCUACGUCCAGCACAAGUGGGAUCGUUUACUGAAGUCUGGUGGAGCGGUGUUUCAGUUCAGGCCCUCGGCCAACAGCGGUAUAUUGCCAGCUUGCAUGGUUAUGCCUCUGAUUGGAAUGGCUGUGAAAGGACGUUGCGAGGACUCUGGCAAUGUUGUCUUUGAGCGUUUUUCCCUUGUGGUCACAGCGACGGGCAUGGCUCUUGCCCUUUUCCUCUCUCUGAUUGCCCUCGGCAUUACCAGACCGGUGCCCACUAACACCUGUGUAAUUUCAGGCAUUGCUGGCAGUGCUGUUCUUUACACCGUAAAGCAAACCCUGACAGUCUCAGAAGUCAUUGAAGUGCUGGAGGUCCUUCUAAUCUUUGUCUACCUCAGUCUGAUCCUCUUGUUCCUGCUGCCUCGCUGUUUUACUCCAGGGGAAGCGCUGAUCAUUGUGGGAGGCAUUAGUUUUGUCAUCAACCAGCUCAUCAAACGCUCUUUAAAUGCCUCCGAGGCAAAAGGGGACCCUGUUAACUACUUCCUGUUGGUGGCAGUAGUGGGAUCACUCCUCCUGGGAAUCUUCUUUGCCCUGCUCUUCUGCUUCAUGGAAUCAGAAACCUGGGUUUCCUCGCUCUUCUUUCACAUGAUGACAGCCGUUCUGGGCUUGGGGAUCAUUCUGCCAUGGCUGGCGCUUCUCAUCAGCAGACAUCCCAUCAUGUGGUUGCUUGAUUUCAUGCUCCACAGCCAGACACGGCUCUACCUGUUGGGCUACUGGGUUUUCCUGGCCGCGUUGGCUUCCGUGGUCGUCCUGCACCAGAACACCAAGAGGUCAUCCGAGUCCAAGAAACACCAAGCCUCCACGCUGGUGAGGAAGUAUUUCCAUUUGAUCGUGGUGGCCACGUACGUCCCCGGCUUGAUCUACGACCGGCAGCUCCUCCACGUGGCCUCAGUGGGUUGUUUGGUGGUUUUCCUGCUCCUGGAGUAUACCCGCUAUUUCCGUAUCAGACCUAUGGGCCAGCUGCUUCGGCAGCUGCUGACUCUCUUUCUGGAUGAACGUGACUCUGGCCCCCUGAUCCUCACCCACAUCUACCUUCUCCUUGGGAUGUCACUCCCCAUUUGGCUGUUCCCUGGACCCUGCACCCCCAAAGGGACCCUCCCUGGUGCAGGGGCACUGGUACCUUACGCAGGGGUACUCGCAGUGGGGGUUGGGGACACCGUGGCUUCUGUUUUUGGCAGCACCCUUGGGGAGAUCCGCUGGCCUGGGACCAAGAAGACCGUGGAGGGAACUGCCACUUCCAUCUUUGCUCAGGUCAUCGCUGUUGCUUUGUUGCUGAUCUUUGACAGCACUGUUAACUUGAACACAAGCUACAGCUGGAUCGUGGGGUCAAUAACACUAGUUUCAUUACUGGAAGCCUACACAUCCCAGAUAGACAACCUGAUGUUACCUCUUUACCUUUUCGUACUACUGAUGAUGUGAACACAGUGUGGAAUGAAAUCCUAUUAGUAAGAAGUCAUGCUAGUACUGUAUCCACUUUCAAGAACUAUGUUAAGGUCAUGUUUCAAUUAAUUUGCCAUCUGGCAGUAUUGUAGGGGCUCAGGACCAUUAUGAAUGUUGUUCCCUGUUGUAAAGUAUAUUUUAAUCCUGAAAUUAUCAACCAUGUAAAUUGUAACUUUUGCCCAGCUUUGAAUGCUAGCAAAGGGCUAUAUUUGCAAAUUUUACAAGAGGAAGAAAAGCCAGAUUAACACAUUUGAAUUAUUUGUCAAUUUUAUUUAUAAAUAAUGUUUACAGACACCCCAAAAGGUAAACAGCGAUUGAUUGUGUAAUGCUUAUUUUUGCAUUCGUAAGUGGAUACAGUACUUUUAAAAAUGCACUAUUCUUUCAUACUCCUUUUUUAUACACUGCAUAUCUAAAGGAUCAACAAGGAAGACCUCCUAGAGGACAAGGACGGCUUGCCGUGUAAUGCCCUGGUUUUGCAAUGAGAAUCAUGACAACAUGGCUAAGCUAUAAUUGUUCUGUCUCUCCGUUCGGUGACAAAUCUGAAACAACCAAGAAUUUGUGAUUUUCAUAUUUUUUGAUUUCCAGACUUUAUUUCCAAGUUUUUUCUUACCACUGUAAAUUAGCUCCCUGUCUUAGUGCUAGGGUCCCCCCCUGAGCGGUACACUGUGAUGCACAGAGGAAAUGAUGUAGGGUCAGGAGGUGGGAUCCUAUUGCCUGCACAUGGAAAGUCCCUCCAUUAGAUUUACAGAGUUGUGUAGGAUAAGUGAAAUUAAACUGUGAGUUGCAGUGAAAACAAAGUCUGGAAAACAAAAAUAUAUACAGGUGAAAUGCAAGACAAAGCCUUGAUAGUGAUGCUUUUACUAGAUGUCAUUGGUAAAAAAAAGAUUCAGCAAGUGAUGCGAUCCCUUUAAUAUUGUGUACAUGUUUUAAUUUUCUCUGGGUAGACUUCAUUCCCAAGUGGGUCGCACCACCUGGAAGCCUUUGGCUACUGAAAUAUUAAACAGGUUAUUGGAUUUCUCUAUUUGGUUUCCAGUUUGCUUCCUGACUUUCUUUUGGCUGUGUUGUGCACUUCAGAUAAUAACCAAUGGAAAGUCAAACGAGUGCAUUAGACAGCAUUUAAAAGCCAGCUAAGCCCAGCCGGUCCCACUUAGCUAUAUCGGAUUCAUUCACGUUUCCAAAGCUUAUUUAUUAUCUGAGAUGGUUGAUUUAUUAAAAAAAAAGAUGUCAAAGAAUGAAUUUUACUUCUGUAAAGAAAGUAUGAAUAAAUGUUAGACGACAUGCCUUAAAUAAUAACUGCAGCUCACCACAACAACAAAUUAAUACUUUAUGUGCUGUAGUGGUAUUGAUUUGAAGUUCAGCAAUCCUGCCACUAGGUGCUGCUACAAGUCAAACAAUAAACUUGACUGAUCUUUAGAAGUCACUACACUCAGCCCUGUAAGCCAUAUACACUACCAUCACCAUCAAGCUUGAUCAGUAUUUCAGAAGGCAUUGGCAAAGUAACGUGUAAACUUGGCCUGUAUUCAAUAAUCAGCAUGCCGUUAAAUGUGUUGAACUACAGUAAAACGAUAUGCCAGUUCUUUAAUGCGGUCCUUAAUUUCAAAGGAGAAUGCACACAGCUCUUUCUUUGCAGUGCGCAGUAUUGAAUGGCUUGUGUGCUUUUCUGUUGCACUGGAUAAUAGACUGGCCUGAAUCGGGCAGUUCUAGCAGCGUACGCAAUGAAGGAAAUGUAGGUUUCAUCAAAGGGAGUGGAAUAAUGGAUUUUAGAAGAUUCCUGGCAUGCGGUACUAAAUAAAAAAGUGGUUCAAGCUGAUGUUAAAAGACAUCUUUUGCACUCAGAGUUAUAGCAUUAAUAUGUGAGUAGAUUGCUCCCAAGUGGCGCAUCCAGUAAAGGUACUCUGCACAGAGUGCAGGAUUAUUAAAUCCAGGCUAUGCCACUGACGAUCGUGGCCGGGGAGGGUUAAGUUGGCUGGGGAAUCCUUGGCUGUGGUCUGGUCGGUGGACAGACCACAAAUCCACCUCUAUUCCCCUGCUAUCCAGGGUAAUUUAGCUAGCCUAAAUUAUAGGGAUUUGUAAUUUACGUAAAAGCAGGAAAUCUUGCAUGCAUUUUAUGAACGCUCCAUCAAAUCAAAUACAGUAGUGUUGGCUGGAUUUCUUGCUAACAGAACUUAGUUUAGCAUGGUACGGUACAGGCAGUUACUGUAUGUUUCAUUAACUCUUUGUGGUUGAUUUGUGAGAGCUCAGCAGUGCUUACUCUCUCAAAGUUAGUUUAGGUAACUGUUUGGCAACACUAAUGCAUGCCACCACAGCGUGUAGUAAUAAUAUAUUUAUAUUACAUAUAUUGACAUUUUAUAUGGAACAUAUUUCUGCAAGUGUGAUUUGAACAGCUUGAUAAAGCUGAUUUUUAUAUUUUGGUUUUCUGUUAUUGUUUUGGAAUGAUGUGGACUGAUUUUUUUAAUUAUUAUUCUGGGUUUCAAAAAUAAUUGAUAGCCAAGCAUGAAAUAUCAUAAUCACAAUUGCUUGAUGUCUGAGCCCCUGUAGAAAUACACAUGCAGAAGUCAAAUGGGAAGGAGGUGGUGUAGUAAUGUAUUUUGUUUUAGAUUGGGUAAACAAACGAAGGGCCAAGUUUACUAAGUAUUUAGUCCAGUUAUGUUUUUUAUUGCCACCAUUGGUUUCUAAUUGGGAAAACUGGUGAUGUGUUCCCACAAUAUGUGAGCGGCGUACAUGCUUUGAUAUACAGACAGACAGACUCUGUGCAAGCACAGAUUAAUAAAGAAUGCAAGAUUCAUUACAAUUAGACAAGCGGUUCUUUAGAUCUGUGUAAAAGCUGCGUGUCAUAAAUACACCUGCCAGCAGUGAGAAUGAUAGAAUUGGCUAAUCAGAGGCCCGUGUGUAUGAUGGAUUUGUAACAAUCCGUCCCUUUCAGAAAAAAAGGGUGCAAACCCUGCACUGGACUAAAUGCUCGCGGUCUGUCCCAGAGAGUCCACUCUACACCAAGACAGUGUCAAGUGUUAGUGAUCCUUGAGACCUUGUUUAAAGCCGUUAAUUCAGCCGGCAGUGGGUUCUAAGGAAACACUAAAGGUCGAAAAUAUUAAGGAAUUAUCAGACUCUUUGAAACAUGCAAAGACAGUAAGCAAAGAUGAUCUUUCUGAAAAGUGCUUGUACAGGACAUUGUGAAAUAACCGUUGGUAUGUUGCAGUUUUAAGUGCCUGUAAUACUUGAGGUGGGAGGGGGAGAUAUAAUGUCAUGCAUUGUGGCUCUGGUUGUGUUUAGUUGUUUUGGGCUCCUUCAAAACCAUACUAAUUGACACUUCUACUCAUUGGCUACAGAGUGUUUUGAAUAUGAAUUGUUGUUUCUGUUUGGUUUUUGAAUAAUUUGCUUUUUUUUUGUGAAACCUUAUUCGGGUAACGUGUCAUAGGGAACCUGUCAAUGGUUUAGCUGUCAUAUUCCUGUCUGUCAUAACAGAGAUGGAAAUAAGACUUACAUAGAAGCCAUUUCUGAAUGUGUUAGCUAGCUGUGUGCUUGAUACCUGUACCAUUGCAUUAAUACACGAUCCUGUUUAAAAGUGUACUGUACUAACUUGCUCGCUCAAAGCCAUAGCUGUUUUCAGAGCUGUUGAUAACAGCUGCACUCAUGUUCAGGGUACCUAUUAAUAACAUCAUGCUGUUUGUCCAGCAGUGAUAACUGCAGCCUCCAGCCAUGAUAGGAGGUCCAAACCAUUCCUGCUCAGUGGAAGAACGCUACAGCAGAAAUGGUAACGUAAUCUGUAGUGUCUUUUACUUCUGUACAUAUUGACUGCGCAAUUCUGUUUUCCUCGCUGUGUAGACUGAGAACCUGUGUGGCGUUUUGUUGCUCUUUUUGUUUUUACUGUGUGCAUUUUCUGAAUGGCAUGUUAAGUAUUUAUACCACUGAACUGUAACUUUGUUUUUGCUGCCUCCUCACCCAAAUGUUCAGUGGGUCAAGAAUGGAAAACCAAGGCUCUGUGAUGACAAAUAAAUGAGAAGGUCGAUA